CCACUUCGCCUGGGGUUGUCAGUAGAUUGCAAGAUAUGACCAUUAGCACAGAAUGCGCUUCAUUAACCAGUACUACCAGUGCCCCCGAUUCCGGGAUACCUGGGCAAGGCGGGAAUCACACAACAGCUCCUCUUGGCCAAACCCAGGACUCGACGGCCACAUCGGGUCAAGGUGAAAAUUCUCUGACACCGUCCGUAGUUUCAACUCUUUCCACCAACGAUCAUGCACAGCCAGGUUCGACCUAUGACACCACUCCCUCACCACGUUUCAUUACAUCAUCCCCAGGUACUACUAUCUCCAUGCCGGCUUUAUCACUCAGUGUCACAGUUAUUGUUGCCGUGGGAGGCGCUGUUGGUGUCAUCAUCCUGAUUCUUUUCAUCAUCAUAGCGUGUCUUGUCGCAUCAAGACGAAAAACGGAGAGGCGCGGACACAGGGAGGAGUCGGAACUCAUCUACGAGAGCCCAAUAGCUGCCACCGACCAUCCCUUGAACCAUGCGGGGGACCGCUACGUCAACGUCCCGCUGGAGACCAUCGUGCACAGCGGUCCGGCAGCCACACCUCACCACCACCACGUUCCACCAUCAGGAGCAGGUGGGUUACCGUCAGAGUACGCCCAGGCUACUCCCCGCAGCCACAGAAAGCCAUCUUUUGAGUACACUGUACCCAAUCAAGACAAUCUGCCAUCACAGGAAGACGUGCCUCCACCCGAGUACGCUGAGGUUACUCCACGCAUUCAUCGGCAACAGCCACAACAUGACUACUCCGUAGCCAAUCCGGACAAUCCACCAUCACAGGCAGGCAUGCUUCCACCUGAGUAUGCCGAGGUUACACCGCGCAGUCAGCGGCGUCAGCCACCCCCAGAGUACGCCAUGCUCGACCCAGACAAUCCACCACUGAAGAUGGAAGAUGAUGGAUACUCAUAUGCCGCCGUGCAGGAGGAAAAAUGCAGAGCUUCGCCUGACGGAGAGGAAAAAGCCGAACAAGAAUGGUCAGGUGAAAGACCACUUGAUGGCAAAGGUGAAGAGAUUCAGAGUGGGGGAGCGUCAUACCCAUUUGGCGAAUACGCUGAAGUUGGGCAGGACUUCAAAUCAGACUCGCCCGAAUUGGAAUGUCUGGAUAUGGGCAAGAUCACGGGAGAAAUAAGUAAAGGUGAGGAAGUUGUGCCUUAUUUUGUGGACAAUAUCCUGUACAUGGAUUCGUCUGACGAAGCGCUGAUCAGGGAGCAAGCUUUCGUCAAUGAAAGUUUGGUGACCUCAAAGAAGAAAAAGAAAGGCAAAGAAAAGCCAAGACUCGAUCCGUUUUGAAAAUAGAUAUACAACAAAAAGAUCGUGAUAUUAUGGUGGUUUUAAUUUUUGCGUACUUUUCUAAUAAUCAAGAGAUAAUUCAUGUAGUUCUUCUUCGUCUUUGAUUGACGGUUAACUACAUGUAAUCUUAUCAUCCUGCUUGCCAAUUUUACAUGUUGUAGCUUAACUGAAGCGAAGUAUUUGACUCAUAUAGAAUCAGGACGUGCAGGCAUUAAAGCAUGUCAACAAGCUAAUUAUUCAGAAAAAAUAUUUACAAAUGUAAAAAGUUGAGGAAAAACUGUCGCUUUAAAAUAUUGGAUUGCACGAAUUGUCAAGUUUUGAAAAAGUAUGUAGAAUAUCAUAAAACUAUUUUGACUGUACAUAAGCAAAUAAAAUGUUAUACUCGGGAAGUUCUUUCUAUAUCACAAGUGCCUUAUAAAUGUAUACAGGGGCAGAUCCAGGGGCGUGCGGGCGCAUGCCCCCCCCCUUUACCCCCCAAAAUAAAUACAUAAAUAAAAAGAGAAGAAAACGAAGGGGGGAAGAAAAAGGUGCCCAGCCCCAUCAAUGUGACAAAGGCAUAAAAAACCAAGUUCUGCUUCCCAACUGCCAUAAGGGCUUCUCGCUAUGCCAGGCGCUUGCGGGCAUUAUACCAUUGCUGCUUUAGUUCACGCCUCUUCCUUUUGGAAAAUCCUGGAUCCACCCCUGGUAUACUUCAGUUUUCCCACCAGAAUUUGUGAUUUUGUUGUUCAUUCGGUAAUUUCGGCUUAUUAAUAUAUUCAAAGAAUGUUUAUGACAGUGGUGUUUUAUUCCUGACAGAUAUUACAGCAAACAGUGUAAACUGCUAAGAAUCAGUGGCGUCUCCAAGUGUCGGGUACGGGGGCGCUGUCCAUUUUUCCAUUUGUCACAGACUCUUCAUCACAAAGGAGAUUGUAGUAUUGUUUCAAGGAUGUUGCUGCUAAAUUAGAGGCAACUCGUGGGGGGGGGGGCAACUCACGCCCUCUGGAUACGCCACUACUCAAAAUCUGUAUGUGCAAAGAUUCACAUAUCCUUCCGCCUUUAGUCAACUCGUACUAUUUAAUUAUACCCAACUAUUAUACAGAGCGUAUCAAAAAGCAACCAAAUUUAUUUUGAAUUUUGUGGCUUGGCUUGGACCAAGUUUCAGUUUGAAAUGCCAGCAUAAAUCCUAUUCAAUUCUUCCUCUCUGCUAUGAAAUGUUAUUACUAAUGAAUAGGCCAGAUGUGGUCGUAAUGGAGCAGGUGAAUCAUAACAUAUCUUAGGCCUAAUGGUUACAAUGUUUGCAUAGAGACCUGCUACAAAAGUAAGUUGUUAUUAUCAAGUUCACUCAAUUUUUUUCUAACUUGCAGUAGUGUAAGAUGCCCUGAUUAUUGCAAUAAACUUGGUCCAAAGCCCACUUUGUCCCAUUGUCCAAAAAUAAUGAUUGUUCAGCCACCAAUGACCGUGUGUGGAUAAAUAACAUAUCAUUGGAAAGAGGGGAUCUGCAGCUUAAGGUGCUACUAGUCAAUUUGGUGUAAAACUAACACAACCUUCACAAAAUUAAAAAUAACCUUUGCUGCGUUUUUUGUGUGGAUACGCUCUAUAUUCAGAAUCAAAAUCAUGGAGGGGCUGACAGAAAUGAUUAAGAGAAUGAUGAGAGAAACUUUAGAUGAGAGAAAGGAAACAGGUCAUCAUAUUUAGCAACCUGAAGUUCGUCCUCUUCCGUUGCGGUGUGUUGUCUUGUGUGUUGUUCUUGUACAUGCACUGUUCAGGCAUUCACUGUCCCGCUUCUUCAACUUCAAUGAUUUUCCUUCUAUUUCUGAAGUCAUACUUGUUUAAAUCGUCAUUAGCACCAUUUGGACAAGAGCAACUUGCAACAGAGUGAAAGUUCGAUAGUGGCGUUUCGAAAAUGAAACAUACACCUUUUCACAUCACGAUCCAAAAUUUGAAGGGACUUGUUUUUGGAAACGUCGCCGGUUACAGAUUGGGUGCAUGGUGUGUGUGCCCUUAUCGUUGCCGUAGACUUGUCUGUUUCCAGUUUCUAUUAAUAGUUAUUACAAAAGCAAUUAAUUAUUUCAUUCUUUUUUGAACAUGUAUAAUUGUCAUUACAACAGAUUUAUUUGUUCACAUCCUUUUAAUUAUUAAAGGGAGUUUCACCUUUCCAGUGGUGAAAAAAAAUGGGGCACGGACUUAAUAGUUUAAUCAGCGAUGUAAAGAAAAAUUCUCCUGUGGUAGUUUUUUAAUUGCGUAGAUAUGUAAUUUAAGGAAUGUCUAGGCACACGUUGACUUUUAUGUUUUCGCGCCACACAUCAAGUCUAUUGUCUUCUUUUUGUGCAGACUCCUUCCCUACAUAUUAGAGAAAGACUCUUAUGAUUCUGACAAUUGUUCGGUAGAAAACGCCCUCUUUGGAAAAGUGCAUGCCAAGACCACUUGAUCACAGUAUCUAAACAAGUAAGAACAAAAAAAAUCAAGGCCGAGUCCAGCUUCCAGAAGCGAGAGAUUCAACAGCGGAUGGGAGGGGAGGGGUUGAAGUCCGCCCAUAAUAACCGACUCUAAAUAUUGAUUGAGUACAGUCAUUUGCAAUAGUUUAAGACCACCUGGAAUUUUAUUGGUAUUUCUGUCACUGGGCCUUCAUGACAUUGUCUCAUUAAAUGAUUACUCAGCAUGUUUUUACAAACUUAAAUAACAUCAGUUUAAUGCCAUUAUACCCAUUUGAAUGAUUUUUUUUGCAAAUGCAGGUCUUGUAUAUGAGAUUUUGUCUGCAAGGCAGCAUGAUUAAAA